AUGCAUUCAGUCAGAAACAAAUUAAAAAUUCCAAGAUACUACGAUGUUGGUGUGAAUAUUACAGAUGCCAUGUUCUCAGGAAUCUAUCAUGGCCGUCAACAUCAUAGAAAUGAUACAAUUGAUGUUCUAAAGAAAGCUUAUAAACACCAUGUCAAAAAUAUACUAUUAACCGGAUCUUCAUUGGAAGAAUCAAGGAAAACCAUGGAGAUUAUCCAAUCAUUGCAAAACUUAGAGGGAAUACCCAUUUUAAAAUCAACCAUUGGCGUACAUCCCUGCACAGUAAUGGAAUUUGAGGAAAAUGGCCAAGAUCCUUCAAAGCAUUUAGAAAACCUAAAGCAACUAUUAGAAUAUGGUAUCGAGUUAGACCUUGUAAGGGCAUUUGGUGAAAUCGGUUUAGAUUACGAUCGUUUACACUAUACUCCAAUGGAUAAACAGUUACUUUAUUUUGAAAAACAACUACAUUUAGCCACAAAUUUUAAUUUGCCAUUGUUCUUACAUAUGAGAAACUCGAUUGAUGAUUUCAUUAAGACUCUGUAUCCUUUCCUAUCUAACAAACUAUUACCUAAUGAAAACUUGCUGGUUCACUCAUUCACCGGUAACACGGAGGAACUCGAAAAAUUAUUAAACUUGGAAGCCCGAACAGGUUACAGAAUUUUCAUUUCAAUCAAUGGUGCUGGUUUGCGUGAUUCAUCAACAUUAGACAUUAUCAACAAAAUUCCACUAGAUCGUCUAAUGAUUGAAACCGAUUCACCAUGGUGUGAAGUUAAGAAAACACACCCUUCUUAUAAGUACCUGCAAAAAUCUCCAAAUAUGUUUUAUCCUGAUGAUGAUGAGAAUUAUGAGUUAGUUACAGAAAAACCUGAAAUUAAGGAUUUACUCACCAAGUUUUCUCAGAAUAAGAAAAAUCCAAAGGGCUCAAAUAUAACUCUGUUUGAAUUUUUACCCAUUCCAAUAGUAAAAUCUGAUAAAUUUGAUAAUUUCAAAUACACUCAUUUGUUCGUAGAUUCACCGCUGAUCAAAUCCAGAAAUGAGCCUUGUUUAAUCGGAUUGGUCGCCCAGGUUAUCUGCCAACUAAGGGAUGAAUCACCUGAAGACAUAAUAGAUGCCUGUUAUAACAAUAGUAUGCUCGUAUUUACUUAA